GCAUGCCCCCCACCGGGAAUCGAACCCGCAACCCAGGCAUGUGCCCUUGGCCGGAAUCGAACCUGUGACCCUUCAGUCCACAGGCCGACGCUGUAUCCACUGAGCCAAACCAGCCAGGGCAGCUCAUACAAUCUUGACAGAAUCUCCCCUGAGCUCCAUUUAACAAUUAAGGAAACUUGGAAGAGAGCCUGGGUGCUUGCUCAAGGUCCUUCUAGGCACCUUGCAUCAACUCUCCCCUUCCUUCCUCACCCUCUUCUUGGAGCCACCCCUGGGACUUUAUGGGCAGAUGCCUGCUUAGGGGGCCUCAAUGGAGGUCUGAGAAGUAUGGGCAGCAGCUGAACUGGCGGUAGGGGGACCAGGAAGGAGUCUGCGGAUUGGAGUUCCCAGACAGCUUCCGUCCGCCUCUCCCCACAGAUGGAGGUGUUUCAGGCCCUGCAGCGGUUGCACAUGACCAUCUUCUCCCAGUGUUUUUCACCCUGCGGGAAGUUCCUGGCGGCUGGGAACAAUUAUGGGCAGAUCGCCAUCUUCAGCUUGUCUGCUGCUUUGAGCUCCGAGGCCAAAGAGGAAAGUAAGAAGCCCAUCGUGACCUUCCAAGCCCACGAUGGGCCUGUCUACAGCAUGGUCUCCACUGACCGACAUCUGUUCAGCGCUGGGGACGGGGAGGUGAAGGCCUGGCUUUGGGCAGAGAUCCUCAAGAAGGGCUGUAAGGAGCUAUGGUGUCGUCAGCCCCCGUACAGGACCAGCCUGGAGGUGCCUGAGAUCAACGCUUUGCUUCUCGUCCCCAAGGAGAAUUCCCUCAUCUUGGCAGGGGGGGACUGCCAGCUGCAUACGAUGGACCUAGAGACGGGGACCUUCACGCGGGCCCUCCGGGGCCACACAGACUACAUCCACUGCCUGGCGCUGAGGGACCGGAACCCUGAGGUGCUGUCUGGCGGCGAGGAUGGGACUGUGAGGCUUUGGGAUCUGCGCAUGGCCAAGGAGGUCCAGACAAUUGAGGUCUACAAGCAUGAGGAGUGCUCCAGGCCCCACAAUGGGCGCUGGAUCGGAUGCUUGGCAACCGACUCCGACUGGAUGGUUUGUGGAGGAGGCCCAGCACUCACCCUCUGGCACCUACGAUCCUCCACACCCACCACCAUCUUCCCCAUGUGGGCACCACAGAAGCAUGUCACCUUCUACCAGGACCUGGUGAGGCGCGCUGCCGUGACUUUACGACCCCUGCCUGGUUCCUGUCUCUUGGUUCCUGACCCUGAAACCCUCUGCCUGCUCUCCACAGAUUCUGUCAGCUGGCCAGGGCCCCUGCGUCAACCAGUGGCAACUGAGUGGGGAACUGAAGGCCCAGGUGCCCGGUUCCUCCCCAGGGCUGCUCAGCCUCAGUCUGAACCAGCAGCCAGCAGCACCGGAGUGCAAGGUGGGUCCUGCAAGGAGCUGUGGGGUCCUGGGAGGCCAGGGGUGUGGGUAGCUCAGUGGCCCCCCUCUUGCCUCCAGGUGCUGACAGCUGCAGGCAACAGCUGCCGGGUGGAUGUUUUCACCAAUCUGGGCUAUCGGGCCUUCUCCCUGUCCUUCUGACCUCCCGAAGCUGGUGGGGCCGGAGCAGGAGGACCUGGAAGAGGCCCUAAGCCCACCCUCUCAGGCAGGGAGAGGGCCUGGGGCCUCAGCGAGCAGGGGUCGGAACUGUUUUCAUUUUACAAAAUAAAAUUUCAGGCUUUUC